AUGAAGUCUGCCGUCUUUGCUGUUGCGACUGUCGCAGCCGCUGCUUCGGCUUACGAGGCUCGCUCCCCCCUUGAUCUCAAACUCGGUGUCGGCAACCUGGUCAAGGUCGACCUCUGCCUGGGUCUCGAUGUCAAGCUUCCCCUUGGCAUCUCCAUCGAGACUGACGACUGCCCAAAAAACGGUCCUCCUGCUGGCUGCACUGACGUCUGGCACCCUCCUCACCACGUUCCCAUGGACGGCUGUGACGACAACGACAACGACGAGUGGCACUAUGUCCAUCCUUGCGACUGCAAGCCAGAGGCUCCUCAUACCUGGACCACCAGCACUGUCACUCAGACUCAAAUCAAGACCCUCAUCAGCUGUGCUCCUACCGUGACCGACUGCCCUGCUGGUCCUCACGUUACCACUGUGGUUGUCCCGGCCACUACAACCGUCUGCCCCGUGCCAGUUCACUCUACAACUAUGGCCACGGUUCCUGCCAGCAAAACUGUCCCUGCCACCACCCCCGCUACUGUUCCCGCUACUGUUCCCGCUACCGUGCCCGGCACCGUUCCCGGUACUGUUCCCGGAACCGCCCCGGGCACUCUGUCUGCUACCGCCCCUGGUACUACUCAGGCACCUGUCUGGACCAAGCCUGUCAAUCAGUCCGCUAUUACUCAGGUCACUCUCCCUGCCAUCACCACCCCUAUUGCAGUGGUUCCAUCUCCUGCCACCACUCCUUCCGAGGCCUCGUCUCCUGCGGUUGUCGUUCUCCCUCCCGUUGGCACUGGCACACCCCCUACUGGCAACUGGACCCAGACUCCCCCUGUCAUUGCUGGUGCUGCCCAUAACAGCCAGAAGGUUGGUGCUGUGGUCGCCAUGGGUCUCAUCGCCGCUUUCCUGAUCUAA